CAGAGAACCAGAUAAAUGGUUUUCGGCUGAAAGCUUCAGUCAGAAACCAGCCUUUUAACCUUAGGUUUUCUUAGGAAAUACUCCUUAGAAAAAAAAAACUGAACAUGGGAGGUGGAACGAAGAUGAACAUUCCUGAUUACAAGAUCUAUAAGGUCGAAGAUGUGCCUGAAUUAAAACGUUUUCAGGAAAGAAUGGCGAAAGAAGGAUUGAAAGAUCCUUGGUUGAGAAACCAUGUCUGGAAAUAUCAAAACCCUCUCCUGAAGGGAAUGACAGCACAAGAAAGGAUCUUUAAAAUGCCUGGAACUAUAAGAGGCAUUUGGAUUGGUAUUGCAGUCACAUGUGCGGUUAUUAUUGGGGACAAGCUGACCGGAGGACAUUUAAAACAUCACUAGCUGGACAAUUAUACACUUAUUAGCUUAAAACUAUAGAACUAUUCUUAAUGCACAUCGAAAGUGGUGAAAAACUGUUUUAGACCUAUUUUGUGCACAGUUGAAUGGUGAAUUAUUAAUGUUGUUUGAGUUUGUAAGUAGUUUGUGAAAUUGUUGAAUAAAUUGUCUACUGCUUU